UCUGGAAUUAGCAAUUAAAGUUCAAAGAUGAUUAAAUUAUUUUCACUGAAACAACAGAAGAAAGAGGGCGAUCAAACUGGCCGCAGUGGAGCACAACAAAAGAAAGCAUCUGCUGCCCAGUUGCGCAUACAAAAAGACAUUAAUGAACUUACCCUGCCAAAAACAUGUGCUAUGGAUUUCCCCGAUCCAGAUGAUUUGCUCAAUUUCAAACUGAUUAUUUGUCCCGAUGAAGGUUUUUACAAAGGUGGGCGUUUUGUGUUUAAUUUUCGUGUUGGCCCCAACUAUCCACAUGAAGCACCAAAAGUUAAGUGUGAAACACAAGUCUAUCACCCCAACAUUGAUCUCGAGGGCAAUGUUUGUUUAAAUAUUCUGCGCGAAGACUGGAAUCCAGUAUUGACUAUAAGUUCGAUUGUCUAUGGUUUACAGUAUUUAUUUUUGGAACCCAAUCCAGAGGAUCCAUUAAAUAAAGAAGCCGCUGAUGUUUUGCAAACAAAUCGUCGCCUCUUUGAACAUAAUGUAUCGAAAGCAAUGCGUGGUAAUUUUGUCGGAGAAACAUAUUUUGAAUGCUGCCUCAAGUGAUAUAGAAAAACAAAAGUUUUUACUUUAAGAAAUGGUGUCUACCUCUUGGCCAUUUUAUUGGGAAUUGGUGGACGCUUUUAUAUUAAUUUAAUUUUUCAAAACAAUUAAAGCAACUCUUAUUACUCAUAACAAGCAUCCCGCCCGUUUCAUUUU